GACGAUGACGAAUACGACGAGCCUUCAGUUCAGCCACUUCACCUCGCCUCAGUGCCGCACCAACAGUCAAAAGGGGCGUACGUCGUUUUUAUUCAACUCCCAUGCUAAGAUCUAUUUGCAGAUUAAGUAAUUCUGUGGCUGCUGUUAAAACUUCAUCAAGGAUGACUAGCGUACACAGCGCAUGGAAGGAAGAGGUGUACGACAUCCCGAUCUCGGUGCUGAUCCGGCCGUUCAUUCCCGAGCUGGACGAGAAGAAGGUCCAAUCGCUUAUGGAGACUAUUAAGAAAGAAGAAGAAGCCGGCAACGUACCCCCUAUAGAUGUGCUCUGGAUCAAAGGCUCCCAAGGCGGGGACUAUUACUACAGCUUCGGGGGCUGCCACCGCUACGCGGCCUACUCCAGGCUGCGACGAGAGACCAUCCCGGCUAAGCUCAUACGGUCCACGCUGAGCGAUCUGCGGACGUAUCUGGGCAGCAGCACGCCCGACUUGAAGUAGACUUACUGCCGUAUAGUUCGUGUUAUACACGAUGACGCGCGGAUUUGUCAAGACAAUA